AUGGAGAGGCGUCCCCUGUACGAUCAGAUUCUCAUGGUGCUGCCGCCCCUGCUGCCGCUGCACCAUGUGCUGCCGUCCCUGCGCCGAGCCAAAGUCGUCACUCACGCCAAGAAGCUACUGCAGCUGCUCAUAUCGCAGCUGCUGGGACUGCCUCUAGCGAAGCACUCCUUUCUCUCCACUACCGAUGGCACCACCUCCAGCAAGUACCUGUGGCACGUGCAGACUCUCUACCAGCCAGUCAUACCGCACUGCACCAAUCCAGACCUCCCUCUCUGGAAGCACUUCCGCCGACGCUUCCUCCUCCCCACCCCUCCCCUCCCAGACCCCACAGCCGAUUCCACCACCCCCACUCCCACCCUCUCCUCCUCCUCUUCCUCACGUUCACUCACUGAAGAAAACCCCUCGUCUGCUCUCAGCGACCCCUCCUCUCCGCUAGAGCGUGUGCCGAAGGUGCCGCCUGGGUUCCUGGAUGGGGCGCGAUCCGUGUUCCCGUCGCUGCCGGCUCUGCCGGUGGAGGGGUACGCGCAGGGAGGGGACCUGCACGGCUCGUGGGUGCCGAUCGGCGACCCCUCCUCUCCUCUAGAGCGUGUGCUGAAGGUGCCGCCUGGGUUCCUGGACGGGGCGCGAUCCGUGUUCCCGUCGCUGCCGGCUCUGCCGGUGGAGGGGUACGCGCAGGGAGGGGACCUGCACGGCUCGUGGGUGCCGAUCGGCACCUUGCUGCUGGCUCUGCCAGUGGAGGGAUACGCACAGGGAGGGGACCUGCACGGCUUGUGUGUGCCCAUAGGCUGGCAGGUCGUGGUGGCACAUGACUCAAUGCGCUGCACCAAGGCCCUGGGGCAGGUGGUGGUGGCACACGACUCAAUGCAAUGCACCAAGGCAUUACGCCAGGUGGUGGUGGCGCACGACUCAAUGCGCUGCACCAAAGCACUGGGCCAGGUAGAGGAGCUGCUGCACCGAUACUUCCCUGCUGACAGAAUCGUCGUCUUCUCCUCCAGCAGAAAGAUCAUGGAAGGAAAGCACAUAUUCAACCGGGCAGCUCUCUUCAUAACCUGUCUAGGCCUCGCCAUCACCAACACCAUGUUCAUGCCGCCCCGGGCGGCGGUUCUCGACCUCCGGCCGCCCAUCCCCGUCUCCCACACCACCCGCUACACCCUCCUCUCCCGCUCCUUCGCCUCGGCCAACGACGUCCGCUCUUUCGUCCUCAUCUGCCAGCCGGGCGGCGACAAUGAUGACGUGGCAGCGGGAUCUGGCCAAUUGGAGUGCAACACGCGGGAGAUUGACGAUGUCAUUGAUCGCAUAGCUCACGACAUCUACACCUCGCCCGCUGCUGUAGCCGCGGCUAUGUCCCCGACCCGCGACGCCGAAGCUGCCGCCGAAGCUCUCGCCGACGCCGAAGCUAGCGGCCGGUCGCUGCUUCGGCCGACGGACCUGAUCCGAGGCUCGGUGCUUCGGGGACCGCUGCAGGUUCAGAAAUUCCGAUCCUGGAUGAAAUGUGUAGGUCAGGAAGGCAGGUGGGUAUACGACCCGAAACCCCGCCGAUUACCCUGGUGGUUUAUGGGGAAACCCUACCAAUGUGACUCACCAAUGAGCGGGCGGCACCAUGGGAAAUCAUUGGGGGAAGCUGAUGAGAUUGCGGAUGCUAGGGGUGAUCCGGAGGAGUGGACAGUUAGAGAAACUCUCAAGUACAAAUGGGGUGUGCCGGCUAAUGCCUGCCCGAAGGUGCCUGUGCGGUCGUGGGAGGUGGAGGAGGAGGAGACAGAGGGCGGGAGGAGGUAUCGCGGGAGGGAGGCCAGAGCGGUGGAAAGCGGUGGGGAUGGGCGGGAGACGAUGCGGAUGACGAUGCGAUUCUCCCACUCCAGCUGGAUGAAAUUCUCCCCGGAGAAAUUCUGUGAGAGAGUGGGGCGAGGGCGGCUCUUCCUCUUCCUGGGAGACUCUCUGAACGAGCAGCUUUCAGAGGCCUUUCUGAACAACCUUGUGCUGAGUCUCCCGAAACCGGUUUCCGAGGAGCAUUUGAGAAUGGAGAUUCCGAGGUAUUGCUCCGAUUGGCACAAUGAUUCGUCGGUCCGGCACGCCUUUUGCAAGUUCUAUUCGGUCAGCGAUGACGUCUGCCCGGGACUUCGGGCAGCUUACGUGCGAACGGAUCAGCUCACCCUGUCGAAUCCUCGCCUGUUCGAUCGACAGCCGUGGUCCCGAAUGGAAGUUAUCCGCGAAGCCGAUGUUAUUAUAAUCAAUCGCGGGCCGCACUAUGAAGAGGAUGAGCUCUACGCACCGGUGCUUGAACGCGCCCUUAUGUACCUCCGAAGCCGCUUUCCAGAAAAGCUCAUAAUCUGGCGAAACACGCCGCCCGGUCACGCCAACUGCUCCGGUCAGAAAACCCCGCUGAAGAAACGGCAGGAUCCGGGGAUUUUGCCGUAUAACUGGGAUAAGUUCGCGCGUCAGAACAAGCUUGCGGAGGUGAUUGUGAAGAGGUACGGAGCUGCUUAUAUGGAUGUGGAUUCGAUGACGGCGCUGCGAGCGGAUGGGCAUAAGGAGUUUGUGCCGGCAGUUAACAAGGUGGACUGCUUGCAUUAUUGCCACCCGGGGCCGCUGGAUGGGUGGGUGGAGCAUCUGUAUAACACCCUCUCUUGGCUCAUGGCACCUCCUUCUCCUGUUGAUGCGUGA